AUGGAUGGGAAACGAGCAGUCACAUUGCCCAGUACUGAUGGAAGACUAACAGUCACAUCACCUGUCACACCACCCAGUUUUGAUGGGAAACUAGCAGUCAUAUCACCUGGUACUGUUGGGGGACUAACAAUCACAUCACCUGGUAUUGAUGGGAGGCUAACAGGCACAUCAGCUGGUAUUGAAGGGAGGCUAACAGUCACAUCAGUUGGUGCUGAUGGGAGACUAGCAUUCAAGUCACCCACUACUGAAGAGAGACUAAUAUUCACAUCACCCAGUACUGAUGGGAGACUAACAGUCACAUUACCCAGUACUGAUGGGAGACAAACAGGAACAUCACCCCAUACUGAUGGGAGACUAACAGUCACAUCACCCGGUACUGAUUGGAGACUAACAGUCACAUCAUUCAUUACUGAUGGGAGAAUAACAGUUACAUCACCUAGUACUGAUGGGAGACUAGAAGAGACAUCACUCUCUACUAAUGGGAGACUAACAGUUACAUCAUCUAGUAGUGAUGUGUUACUAACAGUCACAUCACCUGGUACUGAUAGGAGACUAACAGUAACAUCACUCAUUACUGAUAAGAGACUAACAGUAACAUCACCCAGUACAGAUUGGAGACUAACAGUCACUUCACUUGGUGCUGUUGGGAGACUAACAGUCAUAUCAAACAGUACUGAUGGGAGACUAACAGGCACAUCACUCGGUAUUGAUGGGAGACUAAUAGUCACAUCACCCAGUACUGAUUGGAGACUAACAGUCACAUCACCCGGUACUGAUGGGAGACUAACAGUCACAUCAUUUGGUACUGAUUGGAGAAUAACAGUUACAUCACCUAGUACUGAUGGGUGUCUAACAGUCACAAUACCUGGUACUGAUAGGAGAGUAAGAGUCCCAUCACCCAGUACUGAUGAGACACGAACAGUCACAUCACCUGGUAUAGAUGGGAGACUAACAGUCACAUCAUGUGGUACUGAUGGGAGACUAACAGUCACAUCACCUGUUACAGAUGGCAGACUAACAGUCACAUCAGUUAUUAAUAUUUUACAGGACAGUAGCAUGCACCCAUCACAUCUUAUUGAAGCAUUGCCUAUGGUCACAUCACCCGGUACUGAUGGGAGGCUAAGAGGCACAUCAGCUGGUACUGAAGGGAGGCUAACAGCCACAUCAGCUAGUACUUAUGGGAGACUAACAUUCACAUCACCUGCUACUGAUGAGAGACUAACAGUCACAUCAUCCAGUACUGAUGGAAGACUAACAGUCACAUCACCUGGUACAGAUGGGAAACUAACAGUGACAUCAUGCGGUACUGAUGGGAGUCUGACAGCCACAUCACCUGGUACAGACGGGAUACUAGUAGUUACAUCACCUGCUCCCGAUUCUGAUGGGAGACUAACAGUCACAUCAUUCUGUACUGAUGGGAGAAUAACAGCGACAUCACCUAGUGCUGAUGGAAAACUAGCAGAAACAUCACCCGGUACUGAUGGGAGACUAACAGUGACAUCACGCGGUACUGAUUGGAGACUAACACUCACAUCACCCGGUUCUGAUGGGAGACUAACAGUCACAUCAUUCUGUACUGAUGGGAGAAUAACAGCUACAUCAUCUAGUGCUGAUGGAAAACUAGCAGAAACAUCACCCGGUACUGAUGGGAGACUAAGAGUUACAUCAUCUAGUACUGAUAGGAGACUAACAUUCACAUCACCCAGUACAGAUUGGAGACUAACAGUCACAUCACAUGGUACUGAUGGUAGACUGACAGACACAUCACCCGGUACUGAUGGGAGACUAACAGUCAUAUCACUCGGUACUGAUAGGAGACUAACAGUCACAUCUCCCGCUACUGAUGGGAGACUAACAGUCACAUCACAAGGCACAUCAGCCAGUACUGAAGGGAGACUAACAGUCACAUCAGCUGGUACUGAUGGGAGACUAACAUUCACAUCACCCAGUACUGAUGGAAGACUAACAGUCACAUCACCUGGUACAGAUUGGAGACAGACAGUGACAUCAUGCGGUACUGAUGGGAGACUGACAACCAGAUCACCCAGUACAGAUGGGAUACUAGUAGUUACAUCACCUGAUCCAGACUGGAGACUAACAAUCACAUCAUGUGGUACUGAUGGGAGACUAACAGUCACAUCACCAAGUACUGAUGGGAGACUAACCAUCACAUUACCCGGUACUAAUCGGAGAAUAACAGGCACAUCUCCCGGUAAUGAUGGGAGACUAACAGUUACAUCAUCUAGUACUGAUAAGAGACUAACAUUCACAUCACCCAGUACUGAUUGGAGACUAACAGUCACAUCACACAGUACUGAUUGGAUACUAACAGUCACAUCACAUAGUACUGAUGGGAGACUAACAGUCAUACCACCUAAAACUGAUGGGAGACUAAUAGUCAAAUCAGCUGGUAUGGAAAGGAGACUAACAGUCGCAUCAUGUGGUUCUAAUGGGAGUCUAAGACUCACAUCACCUAGUAUGGAUAGGAGACUUACAGUCACACCAUCCUGUACUGAUGAGAGACUAACAGCACAUCACCUAGUACUGAUAGAAGACUAA